UGGUCCCUUCUUGGCCUGGUGGCCUUUGCUUUAUUUGUGAAGACUACUAGGUCCAAGGAUCGACUGGCAUCACCAAACAACAAGAACCAAAAAAAAAGCAUGAUGUUGUACCAAAAAAAAAUUCAUAUACUCGGGCAAGAUUGAUAGAACCCCGGGCCGCCCCUGUCAAUAGCAGUAACAAAACCAAAUUCUCUGUCGUACGUCUUAGUCCCACUACCCAGACACCUACUUUCCUCUCUACUUUGUUUUAAUUUGUAAAGAUCCAAUAAUGCAUGUCCGGCCAGCUCUCCUUCACGGCUUCCCCUCUCUAUUUAGCCAGCCUCUGCCAUAUGUUCUUGCCUCGCUCUUUUAUAUUUUGGGAGGUUCGUGCUUCGAAAAGCAGGCUCGAUUGGGCGCUUCACUGGGCGCUUCACUUCCCCUACAUCCGUUCGAGACUUUCACACAAUGCCCAGAAUACUUGCAAUAGUGAGAGACUGGUUUCAAAAUUACCGCUACUUUUCCAAGGCUACAAUAUGCAUCCAGGGUUUGGUUUUCAGCCAUAGCUUCGCAACCCAUGCCAUAGUAUCUAUAUUGAUAACGUACCUUACGACUAUGUGGAAGUAUCCACAUGCUCAGACAGCUGUUGUAGUGAUGAAUAUGCAAGAUGGGGUAUUAGACAUUAUGGUCAUUAUCCUCGCGCAUAUUCCUCGCACGUACAUCGGUUUGUUUAGGGUAAUUGCCACCACCAAUGCUUCAUAUAUUAUUGGGCUUCUUCUGUUAUGGCUUUCUGCUGGGUAUAUGAGUGACGGUACUGCAUCUAGGGUAUUCUAUGGAGCUAUGGUACUCGUAACAUUAGGCGAAGCUGGGCGGUGGGCUGCUUUGCGAGAAUUUCUGGAUGAACAAUAUUCAAGAGAACAAAAUCAUGCGGAACGCACAUAUGAUGAAAAUAAGGAUAAGAAAGAAGCUUUGUGGAUGCUUCCUUGGUUUUUAGGUGCAGUGAUUCCUCUUUUCCUUUUAAAAACAACUUGGCCACAAAGAUUCAUGAUAUCAACAAUUGCAAUGACGGUUUCUUAUUUAGGAUUCUUGUUGGGCUUUCCCUAUUAUUUCACUUACAAUAUGACUAAUACUGAACAAGGCCAAGAUGCUCGCCCAGAAGAAGUCAAUUAUCUAGAACAAGCACCAAGAGUCCCUGAACCAACAAGGUCAGGAAAUGUACGGAGACUGAUCAAUAUAUUAAGGAAAGAUGAACGUUUUCUCAUAGAGGCAUUAGCUAUAUGGUUAGCCUUCCUCCUUGCAUACAGUGUUGUAAAGGCAGCAGGAAGCACGUUCUUUUUUCAACGAAUGGAUUACUUGGAUAACCCUUUCGAUAACUAUGAUCCUGCAGUCUAUCUCAAUGUGUUUGCCUCAUUUUCAAAGUGGUUGAUCUCAUUUCUAUGGAACUUAAUUCCAAGGAAUUGGAAACCAUCGCGGCUGAGGAUUUCGUACGGAAUGGCUUGUAUUGUGCUUUGUUGUCUUGUUGCUUGGCAAGUUGAGAGCUACAGGUUAAACACUACAAAUAUGAGCAUCUUUUGGUUGGUUCCUCAGUUCUUCUAUUUAGGAGUCAUGGAAGGCCUAGCCAUGUUUGGAAUGAUCGAUUUUCUUGUUGAUCGAGUGUCUGCAGGUGAUAAAGUAAUGGUCGCAUAUUAUGGAUCCCACACCACUGUGUUGAUCAUAGGUAUUGGAAAAAUACUUGUUGGUCUUAGUGUUUUGGCGCUCAGAGGAAGCUGGUUUGAUGACAACAGCUUAGAUGCCAGUCAUCUUCAUAAAUAUUACAGAGCAUUAACAACCUUAACUUCUGUUGUCUUCUUCUUCCACUGUUGUAUCGCCUUUUACUAUUACACUAGGGAAGAAUUACAAGAUGAGACGCCUUCAUCGGUGACAAUUGAGAUGGUGAAUCAGAAUCAGCCACAGAUAGACCCGUCGCCACAUAACCCUGAUAAUGCAUUUACUGAGACGCUUGAUGACAGAGUUGGGUUAUCUUAUUUAUUGGGACAGUUUGUGGGUCAAUGAUUUAGCAUUAAGAGAAUUAGAUUAAUAUUCGCUGAGUUUGGUAUUCAUCUUGGGUUGUGGUCGGAAUUGUUUUCAUUCUGCUGCGAGAAUAUGUAGUAAAUUGUAGAACCAUUUACAUUAAUGAAUCAUGCUUGUAUAGGGAAAAGGAGUUUUGUUGUAUGUAGUUAAAACUUCUUCACACAUAUAAUCCGAUCUAUAUGUUUAAUAAAAAGAGUUUCUAUUAAGACCUCUAAAUUUUC